AACCAACACUAGUACUGAAAUACUUUUACGUUAUAGGAAGAGAGAAAGAAUGAGUGUUUGGGCUCUAGUUUUGUUCGCCUUGGCAUCCGCAGUUGGGGCCUUGGCUGAUAUUACUCCACUCAUCAGCCGAGGCCUCUUCAAUGAGAUGCUCAAGCAUCGCAACGAUGCUGCCUGCCCUACCAAGGGGUUCUACACCUAUGAUGCUUUCAUUGCUGCAGCCAACUCUUUUGGCGCUUUUGGUACCACCAGUGACAUUGACACUCAGAAAAGAGAGAUCGCCGCCUUCUUAGAUCAAACUUCUCAUGAAACUACAGGUGGGUGGGCUACCGCUCCAGAUGUUCCAGAUGCAUGGGGCUAUUGCUGGGAGCAAGGUAAACCUGGAGAUUAUUGUGUUCCAAAUCAACAAUGACCUUGUGUUCCCGGUAAGAAGUAAUAUGGCCGAGGUCCCAUCCAGAUUUCAGAGUAAGUAUUAACUAAUUACACUCCUUGUGACUUUGUCCCACAAUUUUUAAAUUUUUUUCCUAUUUACUUUCUUUAUUUUGGCAAAGAAAGAACUGUAUUUAUU